UCCUUGUUAAUAUUUGCAAACAUUUUUUGGAAUGCCAAAUUCUGAACUAUUCCUUCAAUCAUAACGUGUACCUCUGGCCGCGCAGCUUCUUCCAAUGUAAGAACUCUUCAAAACUGCAACUAACUCUCUACCGUAAGAUGGAUUGGCUUAGAAGCAGCUUUUCUAGGAGUUCAAGGAAUAGCAAAACCCCAAAUACCCAAACACAGUCUAACUCCAAACUGCAGGAUCAACAACGAGAAGAAAGCGUAUAUGGGAUUACCGAGGAACUCAUCAACCACGUCAAGUCCUUCACCGUCGACACAUUUAAGAAUUUCCCUCUCAAAGAUGAAGAUGAAGGCAGUUAUUGGGAAGAAACUCAAUCUUCUUCAAGCAAAGUUCGAAAGGAUCUCUCCGAUUGGCAAGAGAGACAUGCAAUCCUCGUUCUAUCAAGAGUCAAGGAAAUAUCUCAAUUGAGAUAUGCACUGUGUCCACGCCAUUUGAAGGAAAAUCAAUUCUGGAAAAUUUACUUUAAGCUUACCAGAAGCCAUGUUCUCGAAUAUGAGCUUCGCCACAUAAAACAUGAGAAAUUGAAGCGGAUGGCAAUGGAAGAUGAGAAAUCUUCAGUUAACAACUCGUAUGAAGUUGAAAUGGCAGAGGCAAAGGAUAUCAACUUUGUUGAGCCUUUACCACCCGCUGAAUGAAAACUCUGAUAUUUGUUGAUGGAAUGAAUAUAACAGUGCGAAAUCCUUGGAAACUUCUGAUGAUGGUUCUUUGUUAUGGAGGCAAGCUAUUUCUUUAACUUCAAAUUUCAGAUACCGGACAAUCAAAUCAAGGAUCUGAAAAAUUGACAAAUGAAUCACGGAUGAUACCGAAUUUGACAUAGUCUGUGUUUCUGAUGUCUCCUCAUUCUUGUCCAAGAUGAUAUAAGUACAAAAUGUAUUUGGAUGGAUGAAGUUAUAACCACUUUGCCUAUGAUGUUAAGGUUCAAUAUAAAUGUCAAGAAUUGUCUUUUUACAAUGUUUAUUUAGAGCUUCAACAAUUGUCUAGUGUUGUGACGUUGAGAUCAUAAAAUUAUUCCAGGAAAUAGUUUCUUCAAACUGC